CACAUGACUGUCAUCAUAUGAGCCACGCGGAAACAACAAAAGAUUCUGGUUAAAUGACAGCUUGAUUUAUAAGGCAAUAUCUUCGAAAAGUGAAACUCACAACACGCGUUUAAGGACAAGGUACAGAACCGAUUCGGAUCUGUCAUGCUGCGGUUUGAAACCAUUUAACGGUGUGUAGCUCUGUAGCAGACUAUGGAUUCGAUUCAGAUAGUCUUCAUUUUUGCUUUGAUGACAGCUAAAUGUGUUCGUGCGACUCCGCCGAAUUUCGUGCUUCUGUUCACUGAUGAUUUGGGUUACGGUGACCUGGGAUGCUUUGGGCACCCGAGCUCUCUGACGCCGAAUCUGGACAAGCUCGCGGCAAACGGGCUACGCUUUACCGACUUCUACGUCACGAGUCCCGUGUGCAGCCCCUCCAGGGCAGCUCUGUUAACGGGUCGGUAUCAGACUCGAUCCGGGAUCUAUCCGGGUGUGCUGUAUCCAGGAUCAAAAGGGGGUCUCCCUCUCAACGAGACCACCAUCGCAGAAGUGCUGAAGUCUCAGGGUUAUUCAACAGCCAUAAUAGGAAAAUGGCAUCUGGGUGUUGGGCUGAACGGCACUUACCUGCCCACCCGACAGGGCUUUGACAAUUAUCUUGGUAUCCCGUACUCUCACGACCAAGGUCCAUGCGAGAAUCUCACCUGCUUCCCUCCAGAUAUAAAAUGCUUUGGGCGUUGUGAUGUGGGUGUGGUGACUGUGCCUCUUUUCUUUAAUGAGACUAUAAAGCAGCAGCCGGCAGAUUUCCUGACACUUGAGGAGACCUACAGCAACUUUGCCUCUCAGUUCAUACAUGAUGCUGUCCAUAAUAAGCAACCCUUCUUUCUUUACUACCCUUCACAUCAUACACACUACCCUCAGUAUGCAGGUGAAGAGUAUGCAGGUAAGUCUCUUCGAGGGCCGUUCGGUGAUGCUCUGAUGGAGUUUGAUGGCACAGUGGGGAAGAUUCUGCAAACUUUGGCGGAAACAGGUGUGAUCAACAAUACACUCGUCUUCUUCACCGCUGACAAUGGGCCCGAGCUGAUGCGGAGGUCUCGAGGGGGAAACGCAGGACUGAUGAAAUGUGGCAAAGGCACAACUUACGAAGGAGGAAUGAGAGAACCAGCCAUUGCAUAUUGGCCUGGUUUCAUCAAACCAGGUGUCACUCAUGCCCUAUCCAGUUCUUUAGACAUCCUGCCCACCUUUGCCAAAUUGGCUGGGGCUUCAUUACCUGAGGUGCAGCUAGAUGGAGUGGAAAUGACAAAUAUCCUGUUCAGUCUUGGACCGAGUGAAAGGCAGGCCAUGUUUUACUAUCCCACCAAUCCAAGCGAGAAGUAUGGUGUGUUUGCAGUGAGAUGGGGGAAAUACAAAGCCCAUUUCUACACGCAAGGUGCAACUCACAGUAUGACGACUCCAGACAAGGACUGUUCCUUUUUAGCCCUAAAGUAUUAUGACCCCCCUUUACUCUUUGACCUGGAGGCAGACCCCUCAGAAAACUAUAACCUCACUGGUUCAGACUGGGACCCUGUGCGCCAGCAGAUCAAUGAUUUAAGGGUGCAGUUUGAAGCUUCUAUGGUGUUUGGAGAGAGUGAGAUUGGAAAAGGGAGGGAUCCCGCGCUAGAGCCCUGCUGUACACCCGAAUGCUCCCCUAAACCCAAGUGCUGUCAAUGCACUUCUGAGCUGUGAUGAGGCAGAAGCCAAACGGCAGACUGCCAAGUAUUGCCAGUACAUACUUUUACACAAGGGAAAAUGGUUUUUAGACGAUGUUUUAAACUUGAAGUAUGCUGCUUUUUGACCUAGAGACUAUACUUUUAUAUGUACCCUAUGGGGUGGUUUCCCGGAAAGGAUUUAUGCUGCAUACACACCAAAUACAAAUUUGAAUUUUUCGCUUGAGUUUAAUAUUUUUAAAGCGUUAAAGGCAAAUACCGCACAUUUUCGCGGCAAUCGCACCGCCCAAUUCGCAUGGCAGAUCUAUUAAUUCGCAUCGCCAAGCUAUUCAUUCCCAUCGCGUCUAUUCGCGUCAAUUUGCGUCUUUGCAUUGACUUUAUAUGUAAUCUACUCGCGCAAAUCAUUGAAUUCGCGCUUGGUGUGUACACCCCAAUUAGAUUGACUAGGCCUUAUGCUGCAUACACACCUAACGCGAAGCAUAGCGUUCCUCGCUCUAGAUUACUCAUGGGAUUUAACUUCAUGUCAUGCUAAUUUUUUGCUUGAUUUGAAUAUUUUCAACUUGUGCGAGGAUGCAUUUGAGGCGAAUAGCGUGUUUUCGUCGCAAUCGCGCUGCCCAAUUUGCGUCAUUCGCAUUGCCCCGUGUGAGUUCGCGUCUAUUUGUGUCUUUGCAUUGACUUUGUAAGUAAUCUACUCACGCAAAUCGUUGAAUUCGCGCUUGGUGUGUACACCCCAAUUAUAUUGACUAGGCUGUAUGCUGCAUACACAUCAAACGUGAUGCAUAGCAUUCCUUGCUCUAGAUUACUCGCGGGAUUUAACUUUGUGUCAUGCCAAUUUUUUGCUUGAUAUUAAUAUUUUCAACUUGCGCUAAGACGGGUUUGAAGAAAAUAGCGCGUGUUUUUGUGGCACUCGCGUCGCCCAAUUUGCGUCAUUCGCAUUGUCCAGUGCGACUUUGCGUCUAUUUGCGUCUUUGCAUUGACUUUGUAUGUAAUCUACUCACGCAAAUCGUUGAAUUCGUGCUUGGUGUGUACACCCCAAUUAGAUUGACUAGGCCUUAUGCUGCAUACACACCAAACGCAAAGCAUAGCGUUCCUUGCUCUAGAUUACUCAUGGGAUUUAACUUCAUGUCAUGCAAAUUUUUUGCUUGAUUUGAAUAUUUUCAACUUGCGCGAGGAUGUGUUUGAGGCAAAUAGCGCGUGUUUCCGUGGCAAUCGUCCACCAAAUUUGCGUCAAUCGCAUUGCCCCGCGCGAGUUCGGGUCAUUCUCGUCUUUGCAUUGACUUUGUAUGUAAUCUACUCACCAAAUUGUUGAAUUUGUGUUUGGUGUGUAUGCCCCAUCAGAUUGUCUAGGCCUUAUGUUGCGCACACAUCAAAUGCGAAGCAUAGCGUUCCUCGCUCUAGAUUACUCAUGUCAUGCAAAUUUUUUUUGUUGAGUUGAAUAUUUUCAACUUGCGUGAAGGCGCGUUUGCUUCACAUCGCCCAGUGCGCGUUUGCGUCUAUUCACGUCUUUGCAUUGACUUUGUAUGUAAUCUACUCGUGGAGAUUGUUGAAUUUGAGGUUGGUGUGUACGCCCCAUUAGACAUAUUAGGUCAUUUAAGUAGUUUUUAAACAAACCUUAAAAAAAAUGUAGAUGUGCAUCUUGAGACAAAACAAUAGCACUGAUAUAUGUUAAACCAUAACUAAACCCCUAGUAAGAGCCUGACUCCACCCACUUGCAAUAUUUGAAAAAUGCAAGAAAAGUGGGCAGAUCCCAACGGAGAUAGAGGGGACGACCCAAGUGUGUAGUGAAAUCGUAAGAAGGGCGUGGUGAGCUUGAACCUGCUUACGUCACGAGUUAUUUUUUGGACCCAACAUCCAAUAGGAAAAUUCAACUGCAGUAGCCACCGUUCAACCUGAAGAGGGCAGCACUCAGACGUUUUUACACCAUAUAUUGUAGUAUUGAAACACUUUAUAUCCAAAUGUCAAAAAACUUACUAAAAUGAAUGAACAGCACUAAUAAAGCAUCAUUCUUACAGAUCUUUAACUAAAAAAAGUUGGUUUAGGGUUUAGUUACUCUUUAAGAUAUGUCAGUACAAUGUGCUUUUAAAUGUAUGCAACUCAGACAAGCAUUUUAUACGCCAUGUCCAGGAAACUGCCCCUACAGAUUUUAGGGUCUGCUCUGUUUAAUCUGUCUUACACAACCUGAAAACAAAUUUCACUCCAACAUAAAAAGAGAUAAAUAAUGGUUUAUUUAUUAUUUUUUAAUUUAUGCUGACUUGCAUUAAAAAACUUUUACUGUAAUAAGAAUGGCCUUUAAGAGUAACUGGAAUUAAAAAGUUUACACCGGAUGCAUUGCAGUAAUCCGAAUGUAAUUAAUUGUUAUGAAAAUGGUGUAAUCUUAAUGGUCCUAAAACUCUUAUUUUCUUUACACAAAAUGUCUUGAAGUGAAAUGUAACCGGGUCGAUUUAACAAAGCAAAGAAAGGGAAUGUUAGUGUAUCCUGUCAUACAUUAUUAAAGAAGAUUAGGAGGAUAGUUCAACCAAAAAUGAAUAUUUGGUAAUUUAUUCACCCUCUAAACCUGUAUGGGUUUCUUUCUUCUGCUGAACAUAAGAGAAGAUGUUUUGAUAAAUGAUAACUGCACAGUUGACAGCAACCACCGGGAAAAAUAUUAUGGAAGUCAUUGGAUGCCAUCAUUUAUCAAAAUACUGUAUCUUUCGUGUUCAACAGAAUUAAAGGUGCACUGUGUAACUUUUAGAAGGAUCUCUUGACAAAAAAGCAAUGUAAUAUACAUAACUAUAUUAUCAGUGAUGUAUAAAGACCUUACAAAAUAAA